AUGGACUCAACAAAUAUUAAACAGGGGCUAAGCAACGAGAACAGCGACGCAACGCUGAAAACGGGAGGCGGUGCACACAGUGCCGAGAUGAAAGGAGAAGUGACACCGACUGAAGGGCAGGCCGAACUGCACAUGGGGGGGAUGAACACGGAUGUCGAUACGGUUGAGGGUGGCACUGCUAAAGACGCGCGAUCUGUGCAGAGACAAAAGGGAUACAAAGGGGAUACCCAAGGGGAUACCCAAGGGGAUACCCAAGGGGAUUCCCAAGGAGGGGGCGAUAGCAGAGAGGGUAACUUCAAAAAGGAGAAGGACCUCAUGGAUGGUCAUUCAACCGACCGGAAGAAGAGCGAAGAACAGAGAGAGGACCCCACAAUCAGAAGCGACGUUGAAUUUCACAAGCUUUACGAAAGUGACGAAAACAAUUUUGUAUCCCCCCGACACAGCUCCACUAGCGAGUCCGUAAAAAAAGAGGAGCUAGACAAAGAAAAAAAAAAAAAAAAAAACAACAACAUGAUGCUUAACACAACAAUGCUGCAGUCAUAUAUCCACAGAAGCUACGACAAAGUAUCGAGCGCUUUUAUUAAAACUUCAAAAUCACUCUUGAAGAAGACCAGCAACAUUGCCUACUGGGAGGAAGCGGAAAUGGCCCACAGAUGGGAGGCACGUCCAAAAGGGGAAAGCUCCGACGGGUUCAAUGAGGGAAGGAAAAUUACAAGUGCCAGGGCAAGGCUCCUGAGAAAUUUCCUUAUUGAACCAAGAAAUGGAAUGGAAAGUAAAACAGCAAUUACAUCGAAUUACCUCUCGGCCGAUCAUCAGCCAGACGGUGAGCGGGACGGUGAGCGGGACGGUGAGAGGGACGAUGAGCGGGACGAUGAGCAAGACGAAGAUACCUUCUUCAGAUUAAACUUCGACAUAAUAAAUAAAACGUUAAGGGAAGAUAAUAAGUGGGGGGAGGAGAAUAAGGAGCGAAUGAUGUGGAAGUGCAGAAACCUACUAAAUAGCAAUGAUACGACUCAGCUGUACAACGAAAUUGACAACCUUUACGAAGAGAGGAUCCUUCUCGUUAAAUUUAUUAACUACUACAUGGAUAUAAGUGAGAAGAAUCAACGUGAACUUCACAAGAUUCAGACAUCUUACGAGAUUCUUCUGACAGAGAAUGAACAGCUCAGUCAGAACAACAUUACGUUGAAGAAGCACAUUGAUUUGUUGCGCACCGGGGACACACCCGCGCAGGAGUGA